AUGUCUUCUGCAACCGCCACACCGACCUCUGCUGCCUCAAUGGACGUUGACCAGAUGGACGUCGAUUCCAACGUCAAGCCUUCCACCACAACAGACAACGCCAACACGAUAGACGACGAAGACGACGAUCCCGUUACCGCGACAUAUAACGUAUUCAUCAAUCCUUCAUUACCGCUAGGCCGUCGUCUUCUCGUUCUCCAACACCCCAACCGCACCGAUGACGCUCCCAGACCUCCGCCAACCGAACUGCGUGUCAAAGCUCAAGCCGGCAUGGUAGAAGUUGAUGUGCCUCUUGACAACACCGUAGCGUACGACCGUGAGAAGGGCCUCAAGUGGGGAAAGACUUUGAACGCUUCGAUGGCUACUAAGAACGGUGGUAGUCACGGCCUAGCCGGUGGCUUUGGCUUCGGUACAGUUCAGACUCGAAGUGGGAGAAAGAAGACAGAAGAUGAGGACGAGGUGAUGGACUGGCAAGAGGCUGUCAGACAAGACAAGGUUCUUCGUACACAGACACUGGGUGGGCAAUAUCCUGAAUACAAGGAAGUCCAACACAUGGUUGGUGUAUUCCAGGGCAAGGACCUCCAUCUCACACCCGUUUCAUCACUUGUUCACCUCCGACCUCAACUCCACCACAUCGACGCAACUGUCCAGCAGGAGCGACAGGCCGCAACCACCAAGGAGUCUGCUCCCACAACAGCAGGCGGAACUGCCCGCGCAAUUCACAUGACAGUCAAGGCCACAGGCGAUGGCGACGCUGUGACAACAGAGACCAUGGCCGACCGUCUAAGAUCGGUGCAGACUGAGCACUGGCGUACCAUGCACUACACAGAUGAGAACGAGGAGGCCGCAUGGGAGGUUUAUAACGAGAGUCUAUUCUUACGCCCUGCCCAGGAGGAAGAUGCGGAAGAAAAGGCCGAUGGCGCCGAAGAGAAUGAACAGGUGCUUGAGGAAUCAGUACCAAAGUUCGCACGUCGAUGGGAUGACGAGGAUCUUCUCUACGCCGUCAGUGGGAUUGAGAAGAAGGAUCCACCUGCGCCUGUCAUAAAGGAAGAACCCAAGCCAGCUGCCAGCAAGCAGCCAGAGCAAACAGCACCAGAAUCAGAAGAGUCACGGAAACCUAAACUUCGGCCACGCGGUGGGGCGGCAGGAGGCGUUGCUCGACGGGGAGCUAAACCUAGGGCUGCGGCUUCAAAGACAGUCAAUGUCGAUGAAUAA